AUGGCUGAUCUUAAUGAGAUUCGUAGAGUGUAUGAGAUGGUGGAUGAAAAUGCAGAUGUGGAUAUGAGCGUGAGUGAGAUAUGUGGCUUCAAAAUUCCACUCUCAGAAGAUGAUGUGAGAUUUACGCUUACCACUUCUCUUCAAGAGAAUUGUAGCGUCGUGCGAUUUGUGGAACCUUUUGAGAUCUAUGAAUCCAUUCUAAACAUUGAUCACAAUAAAGAAAACGAAACUCCAGAGGAUUUGAUGGAACCAUUCACUUUGUUCGACCACCAUAAAGAUGGAAACAUAACUUCAGAGGACUUGCAGCAAUGCGAACAAGUGAUAUGCCGAUUUGAUUUGGACUGCAAUGGAAUGUUAGACUUCUCUGAAUUCAAACGUAUGACAUGUCUUCUUAGCCGUCUCCAUGAUGAAUGA